AUGUUAAAAACUGUUCUCAAUGUAUCAGUUACUACAGAUAUGUGGACAUCUGACUCUAAUAAGGCCUAUAUUACAGUUACAUGUCAUUUCAUAUUCGAUGAUAUUUUAUACUCACCAGUUCUUGCAACAAGGGAAGUGCAUGAUUCACAUACUGGGGAGAAUAUUGCUGCUUCACUUAGACUCAUUUUUAAUGAAUGGGAAAUAGGUAAUAAAAUUGUCACUAUAGUAUCCGACAAUGGAGCAAAUAUUAAAAAUGCAAUUAACCAACACCUUAAAAAACAUCACCAACCUUGUGUGGCACAUGCACUAAAUUUAAGUGUAAUUGAAGCCAUAAACAAUAAUAAUGAACUAAGUCAGGUAAUACAAACAUGUAAAACAAUUGUUGGACAUUUUAAACACAGCACUUCUGCUACUGAAAAAUUAAAAAUGUACCAAAACCAAAUGGGUCUGCCUCAGUUAAAAGUCAAACGAGAUGUGUCUACGAGAUGGAACUCCAAAUUAAUCUUGAUGGAAAGACUUCUUCAAAUUAAGGCUCCUUUGUCCGCUGCUAUUACUUCCCUUCCACGUGCACCAAACGGUUUGACUGCCUUAGAAUGGGAACUUAUAGAAGACUGUAUACCACUUUUAAAACCAUCAUUCGAAAGCAUGACAACAGUAUUGUCUGGCGAAAAAUAUCCGACGUUAUCAAUGGUUAUACCACUAAUACGAGGCCUACAAUUUACCAUUGGAAAUAUCAAACCAAAAACCAAUUCUGGACGAUUAUUAAAAACAUCAUUAUCAAAUUCUGUAUCCAGAUGUUUAGGAUCAUUACAAUUAUUAUUUCGAUACAUAAAUACAAUAAAAUAUUUGUCUUACAAUUAG